AACCUCCAGCCCUAAAAUAGAGUGAAACAGCGUCCACAUGAGUUGUCACCAUCAGUUGAUGAAACAGAGCCUUGCUGUUGGGUCUCCUCCUAGGCAAGAUGAAGGAAACGUAAAAACAGCCCGCUCUUGCAUUCAGUCAAUGCAGAUGAAGUGGCUCCUAGAAAUAGAAGCAGCUGAUGAGCACCUGCUGCAUUUAGCCACAUCUUUAAUGUUCACAGGUCAAGCCGAAAGGGAAGGCAAAGAAGUAUGAUUUGGCCAGGUGAUGGCUCAGUACCGGACACAGCAGAACCCCAUGUGGCCCCAAGCCCCACCCUCCCCAGCACUGAAGAUGUCAUCCGGAAGACUGAACAGAUUACCAAAAACAUACAGGAGCUCUUAAGAGCCGCCCAAGAAAACAAACAUGACAGUUAUAUUCCCUGCUCAGAGAGGAUACAUGUAGCAGUUACAGAAAUGGCAGCAUUAUUCCCCAAAAAACCCAAGUCUGACAUGGUGAGGACUUCCCUUCGUUUAUUGACAUCCAGUGCAUACCGACUCCAGUCUGAGUGCAAGAAGACCCUCCCGGGGGACUCAAGCUCACCCACGGAUGUCCAGCUGGUCACGCAGCAGGUGAUCCAGUGUGCGUACGACAUCGCCAAGGCUGCUAAGCAGCUGGUCACUAUCACCACCAAAGAGAACAACAACUGACCACCCAGCACUGUCCCUUCUCUUUUCUAGACUUUUUAAAGUCCAAUUGCAAAUUUAGACAUGGAACUCCAGAUUUUUACAAAAACAUUUAAUGACGGUUUAAAACUUUUUAAAUGAAAACUCAGUAUUAUUUUUGCAUGUUUUCUAACAAAUUUCCAACUAUUAAUUUAACCUACUUGCCUUAUUUUGUGCCUGUUUGCCGGUUUAAAACAUUUCUGGUGUUAUGUUAUGUUGUCAACCACUGUUGAGUUAAUGAUCAUAUGCACCCAAAAGUGUAGUUUCAUUGUCUAAAGUUUGUUAAAACUUUUCCAUCCCUUCAAACUCUCUACCUGUGGCUAAACUAUAAAUGGGAUUUUUAGUAAA